AUGCAAAAGAUACUUUGCAUCCCAGAAUCCAACACCAAAUUGAGGAACAAUUUAUCUGAAUUUCUGAAGCCAGAAGCUCUAAAGAAGUAUAUUCACGUCAUGGAUUAUAAUGUUAGACAACACCUGGAUCGUGAUUGGGCUCCAAACCAAAGACUAGAAGUUUUCCCUUUGGCCAAGAAAUUUACAUUUUCAUUGAUUUGCAGGCUGUUCUUGGGCAUCGAAGAUCCCACCCAAAUGGCAAAGUUAGACGAGCAAUUUGCUCUUGUUACUCCUGGAUUCUUGUCUUUGCCGAUCAAUAUCCCCGGCACUGCUUUCAGUAAUGCUAUAAAGGCUUGCAAAUUCAUUCGCAGGGAGCUUCGAAAAACCAUCAGGCAACAGAGACUCUAUUUAUCAGAGAAAAAAAGGGAUUCUGAAACUACUAACCAUUUUUUGUCUCACAUACUCUUUGCAACUGAUGACGAUAACAAGUUUGCAAGUGAGGAUGAGAUUGCAUGUAUACUGCUAAUUUUUCUCAUUGCUGGCCAUGAUACAACAACUUCUUUGAUCACAAAUCUUGUCUACUAUCUAGCGGAUAAUCCUCAUGUAUAUUGGUCCGUGAGUACAACUCAUAAAGAUCCCAAAUAUUUCCCAAGUCCAGAAAAGUUUGAUCCUACAAGAUUUGAAGGUAACGGGGCUGAGCCAUUUACUUUUACUCCCUUCGGAGGAGGUCCAAGGAUGUGCCCUGGUAGUGAUUUUGCACGACAACUACUACUAGUUUUCACUUACCAUUUGGUAAGAAAAUAUAGGUGGGAAAAGCUUAUUCCAACCGAAAAGAUCAAUUUUGAUUAUGGGCCAGCUGCUCCUGUACAUGGUCUCCCAAUCAAGCUUCAUCCACACAGUGAUAUCAAGCAGUAA